AUGGGUGUCCGAGGUGGAGGCCGCCGGCCCAGGCUCAGCAAGCCGGGGAAACCUGACUCCUGCACCCUGAGCUGUGCCGAGCGGAGGCUGGCGAGCGGGCUGCGCUGCGUGUGCGCCACAGGCCUGCGUGGACCCUGUGCGGUCGGUUCGAAGACGAGAGACAUGGAAGAUCGUUAUUCCUCAAUCUCAUAUUACGAAAUCCCAAAUGCUGACAAUUCUGAAAACCAGGUGGAGGAGGGGGGCAGUGUGCCUGCUGCUGCCGGGACCCCGGAGAGCUCCAUGCUCGGCGCCAAAAGAUUCAUCCCGGAGGCCCCAGAGGGGGAAAAGGAGGAGCCCGAGGGUCCCCUUAGGGAGCAGGACCUGAAGGAGGCCUACAUCGAGCUCAUCUGGGGUGUGCAGGAGUGGCAGGACGGCUGUGUCUACCGAGGAGAGUUCGGGCUGGACGUGAAGCUGGGAUGCGGAGAAUUCUCUUGGCCCACGGGCGAGGAUUCCGUUCUUCAAACUCUGCUACGAGUGUGGCCGCUGCGUUGGGGUGCGCCUCACGCCCUGCACCCGCUGCUACGGGAUCCUGACCUGCAGCGAAUACUGCGAGACCAAAGCCUGGAGCGACUUCCACAGGAGGGACUGCCACUCACUGAUGGCCAUCGGGAGAAUACAUCCAGCUCUGUUCACAAGGGAACCCUUGCAGCAACGUGGCAACGAGCCACAGAAGUCUGCAACCCUGAAGCUGCCACGCAAGUCGAGGUGCUUAUAUUCCACCUACAGUCACGAGUGAGCGUCUGGGCGCCCACCUGCCUGUACAGGGCUCCAGGAGGGGCUGGGCCAGCAGGAACGGGCGCCACCCCAGGACUCGAGGCGGGGUGGGCGGGUGAGCACGCAGUUGCUGCCGGGCAGGGGUCCAGGGAGGCCUGAGCUUCGCCCCAGGCCCAGCAGGAGCUGCGACCCCUGCAGGACUCCCUCCGUGGGGCGGCAUUCUCCUCCCAGGGUGGGCUGCCUGGUCUCCCCCCCGACCCCGUGCUGGGGGCCCUGCUCCUUACACUCACGGGGCCCAGGGUCCUGGCUGCUGGUCCUUCAGUGCUCCAGGGCCCCAGGUGACAGAGAGGCUUUGCAGAACGUUUGACUGGCAGGCCACUGUGGGCUGCGACACCCAAAUAAA